AUGGAGGAAAUCCAGAGCAACUUGGAUAUGGACUUGGAUUCGGCGUUAUUGAACUUCAACAACUCGAACCCUCUGCCUAUUUGUCACCUGCUCCCAGAAUUGGGGACACAUAUAUUCCUCGACUUUGUACAAGACUGCUACCUUCAUCGCUACAAUAAAGGGGGCAGAACUUAUAACGGGGAUAUCCUUUACGGUCUCUACGAAUGGCCUCGGAUCACCCUUUUUGCCGCUACUGGCUGGCGUACUGCCUUUGCUAAUUUGUGA